UCCCGAGUCGCUCUGCUGUGCUGUGUAAGGUGGGGAAGGGAGGGGCAAUGUGGCUGAGGCUUCCUGGUCUCUGCUCCUUGGAGCUGCGCUUCGGACUCAGAGCGGCUCCCCGGGGUUGGCAGCAACAGCAGCAGCUCUGUUUACUGAAGAGGAAGUUCAGCAAAGGCAUGGAGGAAGAGGCAAAAAGGAAAGCUGGUUACAUGGCUGUGGAUAAUCACGUGCAAAACAACCAAGCAUUGGGGAUCGGAAGUGGAUCCACGAUAGUGUAUGCUGUGGACAGAAUAGCUAAACGGGUCCAAGAUGAAAAUCUGAAAAUAGUCUGUGUACCUACCUCAUUCCAGGCUCGUCAGCUCAUCCUACAGCAUCAGUUGACUCUCAGUGACCUGGACAGACACCCGGAGCUCGAUGUUGCUAUUGAUGGUGCAGAUGAAGUGGAUUGUGAUCUGAACUUAAUCAAAGGUGGAGGAGGGUGCUUGACUCAGGAGAAGAUUGUUGCUGGCUGUGCCAAGAGGUUCAUUGUGGUUGCAGAUUACAGGAAGGAUUCCAAAAACCUUGGUGAAAAAUGGAAAAAAGGCGUUCCGAUUGAGGUCAUCCCGAUGGCUUAUGUGCCAGUAACCAAGGCAAUUGCUGCUAAAUUUGGUGGGGAAGCAGAAUUGCGAAUGGCUGUCAGUAAAGCUGGACCAGUGGUGACAGAUAAUGGGAAUUUCAUUCUGGACUGGAAGUUUAAUAAUGUCUCUGACUGGAGAAAGGUGAAUGUUGGCAUUAAAAUGAUUCCAGGAGUGGUCGAGACGGGGUUAUUCAUCGGCAUGGCAGAAAGGGUGUACUUUGGCUUGGAAGAUGGAUCUGUCUGUUUCCGAGACAGAGACUCUCAAUGAUGAGGAGUGAGGGGAGCUGGGGCUUCCUGUACUUGCGAAGAUCACCUUGCCUUAAAUCAAUUGUUCUGCCAAAUACCUUAUUAACACUUUUUUAAACAGAAAAAUAUUGUUCUAUUAUUUGUUUUUAUAUUAAAGAAAAUAGGCAUGGGUCAAGUCUUGGCUCAUGUAAUGAAUAAUAUCUGCCUUUAUAUUUGAGGGAUGAGGAAUUGGUUAUGGUUCAGGCAUUAUAUCAAUUCCUGGCAGCUCUCCUUGAAGUGACCAGGCAGUUAACUUCUUGACUGUGAAAUCCAGAGUCCUAAUAGGUUUUCCCUUUGCUUUUGACUAUAUCAUUAUGGAAUAAUUAGUUCAGAUAUUAACUGUAUGUGAAGUACAGUGAACUGUGUAUGGGUCUGUGCACCUUAUUCCUGAUGAAGGGCUUAUGCUCGAAACGUCGAAUUCUCUAUUCCUGAGAUGCUGCCUGGCCUGCUGUGCUUUGACCAGCAACACAUUUGCAGCACCUCUAGCAACCUGUUUCAAGCUCUACUCGCAGAUCAAGGUUACUGGGUGGGCCAGGAAGGUGAUCAUGUGUUGGUGGUGGGGAGAUGCAGUAGUAAUAUGGGACAAGACUCUUUAACUUUUGUUGUGGUCCUCCAUUCUCCAUGAUCUCUCUGACGAUCCGGGCAAUUCUGUGCGUCAUCACCUCUAUACAAGAGUCUGAAGAAUGGGAAGUUAACCUAUUUUCUUUAUGUAAGAGAGGGAUUCUGAUAAUGGGGCGACAACUUUAGUUCAUCCUAGUCCCAUGAAGUUAUUUGGUAUCCUUCCACUGAAUGUGGGCAUUAUUGGCAUGGCCAGUAUCUAUGACCCAUCUCUCAUGGCCCUUGAGAAGAUGGUGGUUAGUUGCUGCAUUGGACAAUAACAGUGCAUGUGAAGUAUGUACACCUACAGUGCUGUUAGAAAAUGUGCACUCCAGUCCAGUAAAAGCCCAGGUGCACACUUGCAUGUUUGGCAUCAGCAUUUGCUGGUCCUUUAUUUGGUACUUUCAGACAUUGAUGGGAAUUUCUACUAUUAUCCCUGAGCCGAAUCAACUUGGUCAUGUGACUGCCUUAAAAAGCCAAUCACCUUCAUGCUCUAUGUGAAACAUUGUGUUGCAACACUUGGCCUCGAACAACUUUAUGAUUGGUGUGUUCUCUGAGGUUUCACAUUUUACCGAGUAAUUAAAAAAAUAUAUAUACAUGUAUGUUAUCUUAGAGUUCUACAUCUUUUUGUGACAAUUUGCAUGGAUAUUUUAUUUUGGUGCAACACUUUUAACUGGAUAGUCAAAUAAAUUGUUUAUACGUCAAAUAAAAAGAAUGUGAUCCUGUUCACCUGG